CCGACGCCUCAACGCACUCGCUCACGCUCGCUCCGGACGGCAGAGGCAAGCCAGGCAAGCCGAGGUAGGCAGGCAGGUUCAGCUGCUCCCAGUCAGUAGUGCAUUCGACCUGCAGCGGGCAACAUCACCUCCACAGACCCCGUCCGCCAUCACAGCCGCCAUGUCACCGACGGGAACCCUCAGGACGAUAGUGCAGGCGGCGCCGCUGUUGCUGUGUGGCCUCUGCGUGGUGCUGGCGUCCCCCGUGCCGCAGCCCGGGCCCUACCCCGCGCCCUACCCGGUGGCGGCGCCCUACCCGGGGCCCUACCCCGGCCCCUACCCAGCGCCCUUCGCGCGCGCCCAGCCCGGCCCGCAGAACAGGCCGCCCGUGUCCGACGCCCAGCUCGAGGGCGCGCUCGGCGACAGGCGCUACCUCCAGCGGCAGCUCAAGUGCGCGCUCGGCGAGGCCCCCUGCGACCCCGUCGGCCGCAGGCUCAAGACCCUGGCGCCCCUGGUGCUGCGAGGAGCGUGCCCGCAGUGCAGUCCGCAGGAGACCCGCCAGAUCCAGAAGGUGCUGUCCCACAUCCAGAGGAACUACCCCAGGGAGUGGAGCAAGCUGAUCCGGGAGUACGCCGGCUAGGCCAGCCUAGGCCUCCCCCACCUCUUUUACUUAAAACCAGUCAUUUUAUUUAUUGAUUAAGCGUGCCGGCCCGGUUCGCGUGCCCUGUUUGUGUUUUUUUGUGAGGUUGCCCCUGCCUGGAGGGGUGCUCUGCUGCAUCAUAUUGAUGUUCUCUCCGCCGAGUACUUUACACUGUGAUAAGUUUCACGUUUUGGAAUGUUUCGCCCGCCGGCCUGCGUCGUAGACAAAUUUGUUUGUUGGCCAGAGAUGCUGUUUUAAAAGAGAAUUCGCCCGCGUCAUGUUGUGUUUUUGGGAGGAAGCCCCCUCUGAACGUGACUGUUAUUAUGACAUCAUUUUUUUUUCAAAGCCGAAUUCGCACUUUUGCGUGGUGCGCGAAAUUCUCGAGGCUCUGCCUGUGAUUCUGCCGAGGGGCUUUUUGUAUGUACGAUUGUGAAUCACGAAUCUCGCUUUUGUCAUGGACCUGUCCUUUCACCCAUAUUUCAUAGAUUUUUAUUACUAUUAUUAUUAUUGAAAGUAUUUAAUUCGUUCACGUCAUUUUUGUACUGUAAGUCAUCUAUCAGAUUAAAGUAAGUUAAACAUAA